CUCAAGGUUGCUACGGCCUACAAGGAUGGGACGACCGAUCAUUCUGCAUUUUGCACUCUUCCUGCGUCGUCAUUCUCAUGGAUCAGUACAAGACGGACAAGGUGUUGGCUAAGGCCCUGUACGGCAAGGUGCUUCUGUGCACCGACAAAAAGAGCAAGCAGGUCGUGGUGAUCAAGCGCAUCCAGCUCGAUGCCGCCAAGAAGCGAAAGGCGCUGGCCGGCGGGGUCAAGGUCAUGGAGGACGCCGAGAUGGAAAAACGCACAUAUCGAGCCCUGCGCGAAGCCGGUGGCCAUCCGCACGUCCUCCACAUCUCCAAAGACUUUGUGGACGGCGGGUUCGACCACUUGGUCCUCGAAUACUGUGCCCGCGGCGAAUUGUUCCAGGAACUCGAGCUGCAGCCCGGCCACCGCCUCGGCGCUUCACGCGCAAAGGAAUGUUUCUCGCAGAUCGUCCAUGGACUGUCCUUCAUGCAUGAGCAAGGCAUUGCCCACGGCGACCUAUCCCUCGAAAAUGUGUUUGUCGACAGGCACGGCACUUGCAAACUCGGUGACUUUGGCUUGGCGACCGACAUGAAGGCGCUCAAACGACACUGCGCCGGCAAGUUCUUUUACAUGGCACCGGAAAUGUACAUGGGUCUUGAAUACGAUCCCGCCGCCGCCGACGUGUGGAGUCUCGGCAUCAUGCUGGUCAUGAUGGUCACGGGCACCCCGCUCUUUGACCGCGCCACGCCCGCCGACGCCGGCUUCCGCUUCAUGAAGGCCAAGGGAUUGCGCAGUAUUUGCCGCGAAUACGGGGUGGCGGUGCCCCCAGACGACGUGAUGGACGUAUUGGAGCACAUGCUCCAGGUUCAGCCGAGCGAUCGAUGGACGCUAGCCCAAGUUCGAGAUCAUGGCUACGUCCAAGCACAAGUGCAUUCAAUUGCCGACGACAAACUGACAACGCUGAUGCGACACUGCUCCGUGUCGAGCAUGGCGGCUUGAGACGUCGAUGAUAGAUUAGCCAAUACACCAUAGAAUGUUAUAUAUGUGUAAGUUAGUAUUAUUAUAAAAUAGGUUUGAAUCAAGUGCAAACUCCUUCAAA